GAAAUGGUGUAGCGCAUAGCCAAUCGGCAAGCGGUUGACCUUGAAAUCGAAAAUACGAUUGCAUACUGAAAAUAGCAACAACUAUUCACUCGUUUCCGUUCUAAAAUUUACAUACUUUUCUAGUUAUUUCGUGUGUAGAAGAUUCUAACAAACGUAAUAGUAGUAAUAAUAAUAACAUUAACAAUUUUUAAAUUUACCCAUUACCUAUUUUGUGGAUUCAAUAUAAUUCAUUGUUCAAUAAUUAAUAAUCACAAAUGGCACCAGGAAAAUCAUUGAAUUUACGCGGUGGUUCAGUUAGUCCAAGUGCACGAUCAUAUGAUGCUUCAGUGAUCAAAGUUGGCGGUGAAGUAUUUGAUCCAGAUGGAUAUAGAAUGGAUGUGACUGUUUGGUUUCGACAUAGAAAUGAAGCAUUAUAUUAUGUGGACAGUGGUGGUAAUGUACACGGACCGAUGGAUCAACGACAUACUGCAAGAUUGGGCAAUAUUAGUCGUAGUGGUCAAUUCAUCCCAGGAUCACGUUAUUAUCUUAGUGAUAAUCUGUCAAACGAACGUUUUAAACGACGUCAGUCAGAUAGUGGUGCAUGGGAUUCUCAUUCAGAAACGCAUAAUCAUCAUGUUCAUCGGGCUUUUCGAAGUCGUACCUAUUCCGAGACUAGACGUUUCAAUGAAUAUGCUGACAAUAAUAAUAAUAAUAUACGCUAUCAACAAAAUCAACAACCACCAUACUAUAAAACUACCACAUCACAUAAUAUUUUAAAUUAUUAUUCUCCAACAAAAUCGCAUAUUUCACGUUGGUCAUCUAUGCAAAAUACUGGAUUAUGGAAAGAAUCAUCAGUGAAUAGUGGAAGAUAUGCAACAACGUUAACAAGACAACAUAUUAAAAAACAUCAUGAUCCAGUGGAAAUGGUUGUUAAACAUACACCAUCAGGUGGUGCAUCAAGAGUUGAUCUACUUUCAGUGGAUAAUCGUCAAGGUAGUCUGCCACAUUUAACUUAUACACUGCGUAAUCAUCAUACUACUACUACUACUACUAAUACUACUGAAAUCAAUGAACGUGAACAAAAAUUACGAGAAGAAUUAUUAAAUACUCAAAGAGAAUUACAACAACUGAAACGAUCUAAAAGUUUAACUGGUGAUCAAAAUUUAAUACAUUCAACUACCCUGAAACAUACAUUGAAAUCAGGUUCUAGUCAAUAUUUGAAUGAUGGAUUUUGGACUACGUAUAGUUUGAAAAAGAAUGAAGGUCAACCGUGUGGAGCACGUAUUGCAGGUCAGUGAUACAGUUUUUUUUUGGCUAAGAUCUAUCUAUGCAUUAUGAUCAAGCUGACAAUGACGAAGCCUGUAAUUU